AUGGACGACUCCCAAUACCGUUGUGAGGAAGAGAAACGACUACAUGAGGAUCGGAAGCGAAUAAAAUACUGGAAAAAAUGGGGACCAUAUGUCGCAGAAAGACAGUGGGCAACAGCGCGGACGGAGAUGCAUGGCGUUCAUUCAUACAUGAAAUAUUUGUACAAAUAUCCACAAAAGAAAUUCCCUUAUCAAGAUCUUGUGGAAGAAAAUGCAAGGCGUGGGAAACAGGAUAGGGAGUACCAGAUUCUUGACACAGGAAUUUUUGAAGAUAAUCGCUACUGGGACAUCUUUAUUGAAACAGCAAAGGAGGAUGAAGAUGAAUUGCUCUUUCGUGUCAUCGCGUACAACCGGGGCCCGGAACCCGCUCCGUUACACAUCAUCCCGCACGUUUGGUAUAUUGUUGACGAAGAGAAGGAAGCCAUUAAUCCAGAGUGUCAGGGCACCAAGUUUGCGGCAUGGUAUGCUUUCGAUGAAGGAGAUGGCGUCCCUCCUGGGGAAUGCGCUGUUGUUCGAUUCCGCAUAUCCAAAAGGAAUGAUCUCUAUGUGGAUGAGGAGGUUUUGGAUAAUAUUAUCGAAAAGCGCGUUGAAGAAGCCGACGACUUUUACUACCGCAUCAGCCCUUUGCCGAUGGCGGAUGAUUUGAGGAACAUUCAGCGACAAGCUCUUUCUGGGAUGAUGUGGACAAAACAGCAUUAUCAAUUCAUAUGGGACCAGUGGGCAGAAGGUGACCCAGGGUUGCCGCCGCCUCCGUCGGAAAGAAAAGCAAUUCGCAAUCAGAAGUGGAAGCACUUGCAUAUCGAUGAUGUUUUGUCCAUGCCUGAUUCAUGGGAGUACCCUUUCUUCGCUGCGUGGGACACUGCUUUUCAUUGCAUUCCCCUUGCUAUGGUGGAUCCCGAGUUUUCUAAGAAACAGCUUGACCUCCUUACUAGAGAAUGGUACAUGCACCCUAAUGGACAGAUUCCGGCCUACGAAUGGAACUUUGGCGAUGUCAACCCUCCCGUACACGCUUGGGCAGUUUUCCGAAUUUUUAAAAUUGAAAGAAAAAUGUAUGGUCGACAGGACCUGGAUUUCCUGGAAAGGGUGUUCCAAAAGUUGCUCAUGAAUUUUACAUGGUGGGUUAACAGAAAAGAUUUCGACGGCAAAAAUAUUUUCGAGGGCGGUUUCCUAGGCUUGGACAAUAUUGGUCUUUUCAAUAGGUCGGAACCGUUACCAACAGGCGGUGUCCUCGAACAGGCUGACAGCACUGGAUGGAUGGCAUUUUACUCUCUCUCGAUGCUUAACAUCGCACUGGAAUUGGCAAAGCACCGAAGGAUAUAUGAAGACAUUGCUUCAAAAUUUUUCGAGCACUUUAUCCUGAUCAGCGACGCGAUGACUUUCAGGGUUGGAAACGAACAAUCGUCUUUAUGGAACGAAGAGGAUGGGUUCUAUUACGAUGCAAUUUCUUAUGGGGGCCCGUGGAGCCAUCAAUUACCUGUCCGAUCCCUUGUGGGAUUAAUACCACUAUAUGCUGUGCUUACCCUGGAACCAGAGCUUAUCAACAAGUUUCCUGAUUUCAAGCGACGAAUGAAUUGGUUUAUUGAUAACAAAUUCGACGUCGCUGAACGUAACAUAGCUAGUAUGAAGCGCCGCGGUAAGGACGACAGACGUCUUCUCUCUCUGGUGAGCAAAGAGAGGUUGGAGAAGAUCCUCAAACGAAUGCUUGACGAGACCGAAUUCCUUGCAGACCAUGGGAUACGCUCCAUGUCGAAAUAUCAUUCCAAACACCCCUAUUCAAUGGAAGUGAAUGGCCAAGAAUUCAAAGUAGGAUAUGUACCAGGUGACUCCGACAGCGGACUCUUUGGCGGCAAUAGCAAUUGGAGAGGACCAAUCUGGCUCUGUGUCAAUUUUUUGCUGAUCGAGUCGCUUCUGAGGUUUCAUAUGUUUUAUGGGGAUUCAUUCCGAAUUGAAUGUCCAACUGGCUCUGGAGACUAUAUGAACUUGGGUCAGGUGGCUGAAGAAAUCCAACACCGUUUGCAGCAUCUCUUUGUCAGGGGUGAUGAUGAUCGAAGAGCUGUCAAUGGUGGAAACAAUAUCCUUGAUUUUGACCCCCACUGGAAGGAUUAUCUCUGGUUUCAUGAAUUUUUUGAUGCGGAUACUGGUCGAGGCCUUGGGGCUUCUCAUCAGUGCGGUUGGACUGGCCUGAUCGCAAAAAUGAUACAUGAUACCGGAAUUACCUGCCGCCUUCCACAUACUCCACGAACUCCAGUUACCGCCGCAUCACAUUACUUCGACGAUAUAUUAUCCCGUUUUUCAAAGCCUCGGCCCUCCAAAUCCCAAAUGCUCCGCCGAUCCUCAACCAGUCGCUCCAUUGGCCAACGAAGCAGUUUCGCCAGCACCCAGGCUGGCGACGAGAGCGUAAGCAUGUACCCGUUUGAGUCGAGCCCAAGAAUGCUAGGUGAGGGUGAUACUCCUGGCGUUAAUGAGCAAACGAGGAAUUACGUCCAUGAACAGGUUGAGUUUCUGGCGAGGCGAGUUUCAGUCGGUGUGUACGAGGAUGAGUUUAAGGCUGGAGCUGAUGAACAGGAAUGA